AUGGCGGAAGGACUUAUUAAAAGUUCAAGGAAGACUCCCACGAAGUUUGACAAUGGAUUCGAGCCGACUUUUGACUCCGAUGGAACGCCUUCCUGUCUUACUUGGAAUAUCGAAGACGUUGCAGACUGGGUGGAAUUUUUAGGCUUCAAACAAUAUCGAGUAAGGAAACAAAUCGAUAUUUAAACAUUUGAUGAAGGCCCUUGUUUGAAGAAAUUUGUGCAAUUAUGAUUGCUUAUCAGAUUGGUAGAUUAUUAAAAGCACAGAUCACAUAAUGGAACUCCAGUUGCUUAGAUAACGGAAGUUAUUUCAGCGUCUUGCAUAAUGGCGCACUGACUUAAGCUCUUUAAUCAUCGCAGUGUUCAAGAAAUUGUUCAGUGACACGAGAAUUUUCCCAUACCCUGGGAACGAGGUUGAAUUAUUCCAUGUUUUUAGUAUUGUUAUUGAGGGUGAGGUAGCUCAAGAUGGAUGCAAGAUACUGGGCUCAUUCUUUUUUGUGUCUUUAUUGUCCUCGACUUUGUCUCAGUCAAUAAAGACGCAAAAAAGAAUGAGCCCAAUAGCCAGCCAUCUUGACCUUUAUGCAUAUGUAAAGUGUGGACAUAAAUGGGAGUACCCCCUGCCCCCAGCCAUCCCUUGAAAUGUCUGUGGGAGCCUGUGUAAUAUUUGAAGACCUUAUUCUUGGGAUAGUGGUUCAUAUUGAUGUUAUUUUACAUCUAUGUUAAUUAUGCUAGAAUAAUGAUUUUUCCAAGUUUGAGGUUCAUUGGAAUAGAUACAAAGAAUAAUAGUCAACCAUCAGUUUAUGGUAAGGUCUGCAAACUAUUGGUCAUACUCUUAACUUUUUACAGGCCUGCUUUAAAGAUAACCUUAUAAAUGGAAGGAAACUUAUCAAUGUUGAUGCAUCAUCACUGCCGAGAAUGGGAGUAAAUGAUUUUGAACACAUCAAGGUACUUUUCCACCUCCUUAACCUAUUAUUAAUCAUUAUAGUGGUAGUCUUCAUGAGUUAAUUGACAGUGAUAGUGUCCAUGAUCUUGUUAGUAACAGAUUCUUACGAAACUUCACACAUAUAUCUCAUUUAGCUUGAUAAUUAAUAUUAUCCGUUUGCCAUUUGCACAUCUUCCAAAAUAUGCCUUGUUCCCCCCCCCCCCCCCCCCCCAAAAAAAAGAAUUUUUGCACAAGCGGUCUUUUUUUUCUCUUGGGACUACUGUAAUACCCUGGAGAAAACAAUAACAAAGGUUAUGCGAAAUUUUGGGGAGCAAACAAGGUAUAUUAUGGUGGAUGUGCAAACGGCAGAUGGCAGCAUUAACAUGAUUUUUUUCUCUUUUAAAAAAUAAAGGCGUUGAAAAAUAAUUAUGGCGACACCUGUAUCAUAGUGUCGUAAAUUUUUUAUGGGGGUUGGGAAACUACAAGUGUCCCAAGGAUUUGAGGCAGGGAAAGCUCCCUGUGAGCACUUUAACACCUUGCUCUUUAUUUUCAGCAAGUAAGUUUUCUUUAAUGUAAAAAUAUUACAACUAACCAAAAAUUGUUUCGGUGAUUUUUGCAGGCAUAGCAUUAAAACUUGAAAAAGUUGUGCCAACUAGUUCAGGUUUCAAUCCACAUCCAUCCCUGCUAUCUGUUGUAACAGAAAACAGGUUUCAAUGCCUAAAGAGUCUUAAAUAACAAUGACCAUUAUGUUUUGGAAUUCAAUUCAUGCCAAAGAAGUUUUAGCUUUUUAUAAAGAUAGCAAAUAGCAUGACGUAGCCCCUUCAAGUCAACCCAAUAUUGUACUAUUGUCUGUCCGAGUUAAAUAAGAAAAAAGAAAUAUUUGCUUUCUGCCUUACGCACAUCAUCACUCAAUGAACAAAGGGCUAAAGGUGCUAGCACAUUAAGUUCAGGAAGAAAAUUGUCCUCCAAUUUUGUGUUGUGCAACUCAAAUGUGGGAAUAAGGUUCUGAUCUCUAAUGUUGAAGUAAAAAAACAGUUUGAAUCAGGGAAAGGCAAAACAGUUUGUUUUACCUCUUUACUUUGUUUUACUUCUUUACCCUAGGUAAUAGCCAAAAAGGUCCGUGAAGUGCUGGGAAUAGAGGAACCUUAUUGGAACAGAAGUAUCUCUCUUUUGCAUAGAGAACCCCUUGGCCUUUUCCUUGAAAGAAAAAGCAAAACUGGAGAGGAAGCAGACAUACUGACAUUUGAUGAUUACAAGCGUCAACUUCAAAAGCAAGAACAAGCAAAACAACACAAAAGCAAAAAUAAAAGAUAG